GACACUCACAGAAUGCACUUGAAAAGCGAGCAGACAGGAAGUGUGUGGGCAGUAUUUUGCCCUGAUUGGUCAAUGAAGGUCGACGUGCACAGGAAACCAACGAGGCUGAGAGCCUACGCCUGGACAGGGAGAUAGAUUACUGAGGAAACGUACGUGUGUACGUGGGUGACAGCAUGUCAGUCACUGCACUGUGACCUCACUCACUGUGGUCCAACAUGGGGUCACGUGGGACCCUUGGUCCCGUCGUACAGACGUACAACAACAACAACAACAACAACAACAACAACAACAUGAAGUCCCAGUUCAACUGUAGCUCUGCUCACGUCACUGAGGGGAAAUGACGUUUGACAGCAGUCACAGUAGGUGAGCGUUGACUUGUCGGGUUUAUACAUGCUUUUGCAACAGGCCCUUUUUUUACAGAUAUGUCGACUAUUGCCACCUAGUGGUAGCUGAAGGAACUUUGAUUGUGUGUUCAUAUUGUAAAAGCUGUACUUUAGCCACAAUUAACUGCUCAGCCGUCAUUUAAACAAGAACAGAAGUUAAGUCUGGAGCCAGAGGUUGAAUCCACUGUUAUGACUGAAGCUUGUAGACAGUUUGUUUCAAUUCAUGUUGAUUGUAGACGGGGGGCAGAAGCACAAGGGCAGGGGUGACUGAGGGCAGAUAUAAUCAACAACUUACACCAAUAAACCUUUAAGAUACACUUCAUGUUCAAAUGAGUAAACAAAGCCUAAAAACUUAAUGUAUUCAAAAUAAAAUAAAAACUUUUCACAUUAUUCAACAAUUGUUUGUGCACAUAAACAAUUUAUUUUAUUUUAUUACGUCCAUUAAAAUUCAGAGGUACCACAAAGUUACAUAAAGUCGCUGAGAAUACACAGAAAUGUAGGAAUACUUAAAGUAAAACUCGAAAGAAUGAGUUUAAUUUGUUGUUGUAUUUUGGUGUUACAUUAUUUCUAGGUUCUUUAAACGUUUUCAUUAACUUUUAAUUCAUGUUUUUUCACGGUUGUGUUAAUGAUCAAUAAUAAUCAAUAAUCCGACCGCUGACAUAAUCCGUGUCCGUGGGAACGAGCUAAAUACGGAAGCUCGCUGGGAAAACGGGAGCUGAAAGGCGAAGCAGCAACCGGGACGGGGCAGCGGUGAGAGCGGAGGCCAUGGCUGCACGAUGAGUGACGUGGAGAGGAGUGAGUGAGUGACAAACUUUUGGUGGAAUAUAAGUGUGAAAACCCACCGCUUUCCCGGUCAGCUGCUGGAGGCUCGAGUGAACGAUGAGUGUGGACAAGGCGGAGCUGUGUGACUCCCUGUUCACCUGGCUACAGACAUUCCAAGUCCCAUCAUGCAACAGCAAGCAGGACCUGACAAGUGGCGUGGCCAUCGCACAUGUGCUCCACAGAAUAGACCCCUCUUGGUUUAAUGACACUUGGCUCGGCAGAAUCAAGGAGGAGAGCGCGGCCAACUGGCGCCUCAAGGUCAGCAACCUGAAGAAGAUUCUCAAGAGCGUUCUGGAAUACUACCACGAUGUGCUCGGUCAUCAGGUGUCGGAUGAACACCUGCCAGACGUCAACCUGAUGGGAGAGAUGGGCGACGUGACCGAGCUGGGGAAGCUGGUGCAGCUGGUGCUGGGCUGUGCUGUCAGCUGUGAGAAAAAACAAGAACAGAUUCAGCAGAUCAUGACACUGGAGGAGUCGGUUCAACAUGUGGUGAUGACGGCCAUUCAGGAGCUCUUGUCAAAGGAACCUUCAUCUGAACCAGGAAGCCCAGAGAUGUACGGAGACUUCGACUACCAGUCCAGGAAAUAUUAUUUUCUCAGUGAAGAGGCCGAUGAAAAGGCCGACCUGAACCAGCGCUGCCAGGACCUGGAACAUCAGUUGUCUGCAGUUCUGGAGGAAAAGUCGUCUCUUCAAACUGAGACACGUAACCUGAAGGAGAAGCUGAGUCGGCGCGACUCUCUGGAAACCUCUGCCAUCACGGGCAAGAAGCUGCUGCUGCUGCAGAGUCAGAUGGAGCAGCUGCAGGAGGAAAACUACAGACUGGAGAAUAGCAGAGAUGAUGUGCGUUUGAGGUCAGAAAUGUUGGAGCGGGAGGUGAACGACCUGCAGCUCCGUAACGAGGAGCUGACCAACCUGGCACAGGAGGCGCAGGCCCUAAAAGACGAGAUGGACGUUCUCAGGCAUUCAUCAAACCGCGUGAACCAGCUUGAAGCUCUGGUGGAGACGUACAAGCGGAAGCUGGAGGAUCUGGGAGAUCUGCGCAGACAGGUGCGCCUCCUGGAGGAGCGCAACACUGUGUACAUGCAGCGCACCUGUGAGCUGGAGGAGGAGCUGCGCCGGGCCAACGCCGUCCGCACCCAGCUGGACACCUACAAGAGACAGGCUCACGAGCUCCACACCAAACAUUCAGCAGAGGCCAUGAAAGCUGAGAAGUGGCAGUUUGAGUACAAGAACCUUCAUGACAAGUACGAGGCUCUGCUGAAGGAGAAGGAGCGUCUGAUCACGGAGCGAGACACGCUGAGAGAAACCAACGACGAACUGAGGUGUGCACAGGUCCAACAGAGGUGUCUCAGUGGGACAGGGGGCUUGUGUGACAGUGGGGUCACCGUGGGAAACCUGGCUGCAGAGAUCAUGCCCACGGAGCUCAAGGAGACAGUUGUGCGUCUGCAGAAUGAAAACAAGAUGUUGUGUGUCCAGGAAGAGAGCUACAGACAGAAACUGGUGGAGGCCGAGGCAGAGCUGGAGGAGGCUCGACGUAGACGGAACACUCUGGAAACUCAGAACAGGUUGAACGAGCAGCAGAUCAUGGAGCUGCGUUCUCAGGUGGAGGAGCUCCAGAGAACUCUGCAGGAGCAGGACAGCAAAACAGAAGAUGCCAUUUCCUCCUUACUGAAGAAGAAGCUGGAGGAACAUCUAGAGAAGCUCCAUGAAGCUCAGUCUGAUCUCCAGAAGAAAAAAGAAGUCAUUGAUGACCUGGAGCCUAAAGUGGACGGCAACAUGGCGAAGAAGAUAGAUGAACUCCAGGAGAUCCUGCGGAAGAAGGACGAGGACAUGAAGCAGAUGGAGGAACGGUACAAACUCUACGUGGAGAAAGCCAGAACGGUGAUCAAAACCCUGGACUCCAAUCAGCCGGCGGCCACCAAGAAUCCUGACAUUCAGGUUCAGGCUCUGAAGAACCAGCUGACGGAGAAGGACAGAAAGAUCCAUCACCUGGAGCCGGGGGGGGGGGGGAGCAGAGCCAGACACGACCAGGAGGAGAAGCUCAUCAUCAGUGCCUGGUACAACAUGGUCGCCCAUGCCGCCGCCGGUGCGCACGGCGUGAGCCGAGCGUGUGGGACAUUCCAACCAGGCCAUGUCCUUCCUCGCCCAGCAGAGACAGUCAACCAACGCCAGGAGGGGCCUGCUGCGACCCCACCCCAGAUAAAAGAAUAAUAAGUCAGACAGGCGGGGGGGGGGGGGCAGUUCACCUCAGAUGUUGCCUUUAAACCUUCACUGUAUGCUGCACCUCAAGGACACUGUUUCAAUGCUGCUGCUGCCCCCUGCUGGCUCUUUAUGGUACAUAUUGUUUUUGUUUUGUGCCUCAGAGGAGGAAACACAACCGCGUUUCCUCCUCUGAGGUGAUGACGUCAGAUGAUGACGAUGACGUCAGAGUGAAGUCACAUAGUCACCUUUUAAGGUGACUGUUGUUUCCUCAGACAGUUUUUAUAAACCUUUGGUUUUACUUCUGGUUUUACACCACACUCUACUGUGAACUAUGUUAUGGACGUGGCAGAUUAGAGUUCAUUUAAAGUUACAGACCGAGGAGAAAGUCAGUCAGUCAGUCAGUCAGUUAGUUAAGGUCUUUUCAAAUGUCUGGUGUUUUUUUUUUUUUUUUUUUCUCUGCUCUGGUGAGUGUGUUGACUCUUCUUCUCCUGUGUCACUUCAGUGUUGCUCUAACCCUUGUUAGUCACACUAAGAUUUUUUCAUCUAAAAUCCAAAGCACUUUCUCUGGGUUGUGACUGUUUUUACUGAGAGACGUGAAGUUCCUCACAGCAACAACAGAACAGUCCGUGUAAAAACUGCUGAUCGUCUGACUCCUGUUUAAUGGACCUCCUGCUCUGAGACCGGACCGGACCGUCGUGGGUCGGACCUUGUCGCACACAAACUAAAAGCUGCUGCUUCUUCAUCACAAACCUGGAGAAACAGAAAACACUACGUGCUCCCCUCUCUCCCCCCUCCUCCCCCCGUUCAACUGGAAUAUUUUAUCACCUCCCUGGAAUUGUUGAUGGGACAGGAGGUCUGCGGAGGUCCAGCUCAGUGGUCUCUCCUCGGCCUUCAGUCAAAUCUGCUGUUUUUGUUUUUGUUUUUUGUUGUGACUCUUUAUCAAAGCUGCUGUUUUUACCCUGUCAAUAUUUUUGCUGUAACCUACAGAGACCAGAUCCUGCUGUGGUCUGCACCUCCUGCACCUCCUGCACCUCCUGCUGGUGGGGAUUAUUUUAACUUGACAUUUAUGGUGUUGUGUGAACUUUGCUGCACAUGUGCACGGCUGGAAUAAGGUCGAAGUAAGUUUGGUUUUGGUGGUGUUUGAAUAUACUGGUCCUGGAGGUUACAGCACAUGGUACUCUGACGCAGCCGUCUGAGACCGGGAGAAGAUUUGUAGUCCUCUUUGACUCUUUUGCACUACAAAUAAAUGGGAUCUUGGAAAACUA